GUGACAAAUCCCUAAACUUCAACGGACACCACAAAAUCCCCAAAUCGAGAGAGCGGUUAAAGAAACUUCGACUUUGAUCUCUUUUCUUGAAGGGAUCGGCAAGAGAUGGCGUUGGACGGUGACGAAACAGUCGCAGGUGGAGAUUCUCAACCACCGGUGACUACUGCAGCGGCGACUACAGAGGAGAAGGCUAUCGCGAGGCUGAGUCCGUUUCCUAACAUGGAGCACAUUUCUGAUAACUACGGAGAUCUGGAACUGGAAUAUAGCUCUGCCAUGUUAAGCUCGCUAGAGAAGUACUUGCCGCCGGAAAUGCUCACGGCGACUAGAGAAGAGAAGGCCAAAUUCAUGUCUGACAUUUUGCGCAAGUACAUUUCCCGCGACGAAUGUUCCAAAGCUAAAUGGUGCAAGAACUAUUGGCAGAAGAUAAAAUCUAAUUAUCAGCCACUUUCUAGGGAGUUGUAUAAUUUUGAUCCCGAAUUGUUUCUGCUUCCCUCUUUCCGAAAGGCGAUCAGCGAAAACACAAAGGAAAGCUUCAGACGUAUCAUUUCUGAACCGUUUCCUGGUGUUCUUGUCUUUCAAAUGUUUCAGCCUGACUUCAUUCAGAAAUUGAUAGUAGAGGUAGAAAAUAUCGGAAAGUGGGUUCAUGAGACAAAUUUCCCAAUCAGGAGACCGUACCACAUGAGUAAAUACGGUGUUGCGUUUGUCGACUUUGGCCUGGAUAUCAUGCUUCAGCAACUCAUGGAGGAAUUUCUCUUUCCUAUUUGCAAAGUAUUCUUCCCUGAAGAGUGUGGAGCAAUGUUUGACUCUCACCAUGGAUAUUAUAUUGAAAAUGGUGAAGAUAGGGAUCCUCCAUUAGGCUAUCAUUUAGAUGAUUCGGAAAUAACAUUGAAUGUUUGUGUGAGGAAACAAUUUGAGGGAGGGGAAAUAUCUUUCAUAGGCACACGAUGCUUGAGACAUAAGCGAACAGACGUAAAGCCAGAGGAAGUUUUUCAUUACUGUCAUUCACCGGGUCAAGCUAUACUUCAUCGUGGCCGCCACCGCCAUGGUCCCAGAGCCAACACACCAUCUUGUUCUCGGGCCAAUAUGAUUCUUUGUUGCAGAAACUCUUUGUUUAGAGAGAUGGAAAAAUAUGAGAAAGAUUUCCCAGAGUGGUGCAAUGAAUGCGCCCAUGAAAAGAAAGAAAAGGAAAGCCAGAGUCUUGAUGCCAAAAGAAAGGUUAUUAAAAAAAGAAGACAUGAUGAUGCACAAGUUUAUAAGAUGUUUGGUUUGAGUAUGGUUAUGAACCUGUGGGGGUCCUUAUUGCAGGGGAUGAUUCGAAUUGCGACUGGAGGCAAAGCAUGAUGAAACAUACAUAACAUAUAGCUUACAAUUGGUGAAGCCCUGAAGUAUAUGCCUUGACCUUUUUUUGACUCUUUACUUGAGAAACUGAGUAUCUGUAGAAUCAUUUGAUGUAUCUUGAAUCUUCUCGUCUCUCACACUACUAUGUACAUAAAACUCACUUGUCCAAAAGGAAUCAUAUAAUAUAGACCUGAUUGCUAUUUCUUUUUUCUCGA